GCGCACAUCCAUUGGCCAACUGACAUUUAUAGACAGACAAUAACCAAUCAAAUGCCUCUGAAGUUACGUCGUCCAGUGGGCAGCACUAUAUAUGCGCUGUGUUCUAGUGAAGUUUUUAUUCAUUUAUAUUGUUGUUGAAAGAAGUACUUAGUCGAGUUAUUUGAAACAAUGGCGAGAACCAAGCAGACCGCUCGUAAGUCUACUGGAGGAAAAGCCCCGAGAAAGCAGCUGGCUACUAAAGCUGCUCGUAAGAGCGCACCAGCUACCGGUGGUGUUAAGAAGCCUCAUCGUUACAGGCCCGGUACUGUGGCGCUGAGAGAGAUUCGCCGUUAUCAGAAAUCCACUGAACUGCUGAUUCGCAAACUGCCUUUCCAGCGUCUGGUGAGAGAAAUCGCUCAAGAUUUCAAGACGGAUCUUCGUUUCCAGAGCUCAGCUGUAAUGGCCCUGCAGGAGUCUAGUGAGGCUUACUUGGUCGGUCUGUUUGAAGACACCAACUUGUGCGCCAUCCACGCCAAAAGGGUCACCAUCAUGCCCAAAGACAUUCAGCUGGCCCGCCGCAUUCGCGGAGAGCGCGCUUAAAUCCACAGCUGCAUCAGUCAUGCGAACCCAAAGGCUCUUUUAAGAGCCACCUCAUUAACUCUGAAGGAGUUUCCUUUUUUUUUUUUUUUUUUUUACACAAAUGUAUAAGUGCAUUUUACAAGGAAGUUUGCUGAAGUAAAAUGCUUUGUUUUCUAUAAUUCAAAACUAAAAGCAAUACGAGGGUGGUUUAUUUUAUACAUCGGUGAAUGUAAGCCAAAAUGGUUUAAAUUUAAUCCUCUAAAAAUUAAGCUUGAAAAGGAAGACAAGUACGUACAUAAUAUCCAAACAAUUCCUAAUAUCAGUGGUUGUUGGCUCAUGUUAAGGUAAGUGAUUGAUGGUUUAAGUGUUCAGAAGUAGCCCUGUUUUUAGUAUUAAACUACUAUUGUGUGAGUAUAUGUUUUAUAAAUUUACUUCAUCGUUUAUUUAAACCACAUUUAUUCCCACAAUCAAGCAGUGAUUUUUUUUUUUUUUUUUCCUGCAUUUGUGUAUGCAUGUCUUAAUAUAUAUACAUCAUAGUCUAUGAAAUUAUAGUGAAUUUGAGGUGUUUACAUUGCUUUUAAAUUAUAUUAAAAUAACAUAAUCCUUGGCGUUUGUAGUCAAAGAACUAUAUUUAACAUUCAACUACAUAUUCAUUCCGAAAAAUUGCGAGAAAAUGAAACAAAGGAAUGGAGUAGGAUGUGGGGGAUGGUAGUUGUCGAUGGGCGUGAUUAACAUUUUAAAGCUUCUGAUUGGCUCGCCUACAAGUCAAGGAACGUUUAAUGUGGCCAAUGAAAUCAUUUUAUGGGUUGGUCCACGAAGACUCACAAUCACAGAGGACCUUUCUUCCCGUGUGAAAUUAGCAUAGGGCAGUGUAUAUAAAACCGCCUGUAAGAACGUAAACUUAUUCAGCUCAAUUUUGUGAACGAAAUAUCAUGCCUGAACCAGCGAAGUCCGCACCCAAGAAGGGUUCAAAGAAGGCCGUCACUAAAACCGCCGGCAAGAGUGGAAAGAAGCGCUAGAGGUCCAGGAAGGAGAGUUACGCUAUCUACGUGUACAAAGUCCUGAAA